AUGUCUGGAAAUUUAGAGGGCAGUGCCACCUGCCUUGCGGGCUGCUUUAAGCUGAAGGAUUCUGCUGUGAUCUGGGCCCUGAUUAAUAACAAGCCAGCAACUAAGGAUAUUAUCUAUGGAUAUAUCUAUGUCCACGCCAAUAACUAUGACCAUACUGGCAAGAUUAAAGGCGCGGUCAAGAAUACUGUUGUGGACUGGUUGCAGGAUGCUAAUGUGCUCCCUGUCUUGCUAGCCCCAGCAGCGCUACACAUUGGUGUCCUGGGUGUUAAAGACAUACAGAUCCCAGAGCUGACGGUCCUCUGGUUUAUUAUGCAACUAAUAAGAGCUAAGGGCUUGCUCUUCCUGCGAAGUAACCUCUCUACUAAUCCCCUAGUCCUUAAUCCAUAUGACAUCCUGCACAGCUGGAAGUUGCUGGCCUUUAUAUAG